CGGCCUGUGGGGACAGAGUCCACCAGUCCUUCCUGCCUAACAGCUUCAAAUCGACCCUGCCAUUAAUUUUGACUUGGCAGCAAAAGGACCUGGUCAUCUGUGUAGAAAGUCCAUAGGUUGAACUUGACAGACGUUUCUAUGUGGAUUCUCUUCCCUGAGGCAGCUGCAGCGGCUGACUGGCUGCUGGCUCAAUGAUCAAGAGAUUCACUGAGAUGACCUAGUGAAGGGGACGGGACAAUGUUGCAGAAGAAGAUCUGCCCCCAGUUACUUGACUACCUUGUGAUCGUUGGGGCCAGGCAGCCAAGCAGCGAUAGUGUGGCCCAGACCCCUGAGCUGCUCCGACGUUACCCUCUGGAAGACCAUUCAGAUUUCCCUUUGCCUCCCGAUGUGGUGUUCUUCUGUCAGCCGGAGGGAUGCCUGAGUGUACGGCAAAAACGCAUGAGUCUGCGAGAUGACACCUCCUUUGUCUUCACACUCACAGACAAGGAUUCGGGCGUCAUUCGCUAUGGGAUCUGUGUCAACUUCUACCGCUCCUUCCAGAAGCGAGUGCCCAAAGAGAAAGCAGAAGGCACUGGUGGGCAUCGAGUUCGGGAUGGACAAAAACCCCCCAAAACUGGGGAUGCUUCUGGUGCCCAAGAGGAGGUGGGCAAUGAGAGUUCAGAGAGUGGCUCUUCACUACACACACCAAGCACAGAGUCCACUCCAGAUGUGAACCGGUCACCACGCAGUAAGCGCGUGGCCAGAGGCAACCAUCACUCCCGGAACAGCACCCUGACUUCCCUGUGCAUCAUUAGUCAUUACCCCUUCUUCUCCAGCUUCCGUGAGUGUUUAUACAUCCUGAAGAGGCUAGUGGACUGCUGCAGUGAGAGGCUGCUGGGCAAGAAGCUGGGGAUCCCUCGAGGGGUGCAGAGAGAUACCAUGUGGAGGAUUUUCACAGGUGCUCUCCUAGUGGAAGAGAAAUCCAGUGCAUUGCUACAUGACCUGCGUGAGAUAGAGGCCUGGAUUUAUCGCCUGCUCCGCUCACCUGUACCUGUUGCAGGCCAGAAGCGAGUGGAUGUGGAAGUCUUACCACAUGAUUUGCAACCUGCCUUGACUUUUGCUCUUCCUGACCCAUCUCGCUUCACGCUGGUGGAUUUCCCCUUGCAUCUUCCCUUGGAACUUUUGGGAGUGGAUGCCUGUUUGCAGGUGCUGUCCUGCAUCCUUCUGGAGCACAAGGUGGUGCUGCAGUCUCGAGACUAUAAUGCUCUCUCUAUGUCCGUGAUGGCAUUUGUGGCUAUGAUCUAUCCACUAGAGUACAUGUUCCCAGUGAUCCCACUGCUCCCCACCUGCAUGGCUUCUGCAGAACAGUUACUAUUGGCCCCCACACCUUACAUCAUUGGGGUCCCAGCCAGCUUCUUCCUUUACAAACUAGACUUUAAAAUGCCUGAUGAUGUGUGGCUUGUUGACCUGGACACCAAUAAGGUGAUUGUUCCCACAAACGCAGAAUCUUUGCCAGUCCUACCAGAACCAGAGGCAUUAGAGCUUAAAAAACAUCUGAAACAGUGUCUGGUUAGCAUGACUGCAAUCACUCAGCAACAGCUGCUCACGCCUGACAACAAGGCCUUGGCCAGCAUGAGUCUGAAUACCCAGCCCAUUCUUAACCUAGAGAAGUUCCAUGAGGGACAGGAGAUCCCACUGCUCUUGGGAAGACCUCAGAAUGGUCUACAGUCCACCCCUUCCACGGAAUUCAACCCCCUGAUCUAUGGCAAUGAUGUGGACUCUGUGGAUGUGGCCACCAGGGUUGCUAUGGUGAGAUUCUUCAACUCACCAAACGUUUUGCAUGGUUUCCAGAUGCACACCCGCACCCUUCGACUCUUCCCCCGGCCUGUGGUGGCCUUUCAGGCCAAUUCUUUUCUUGCGUCUAGGCCAAAGCAGACAGCUUUCGCAGACAAGCUGUCUAGGACACAAGCAGUGGAAUACUUCGGAGAGUGGUCACUCAACCCAACUAAUUAUGCUUUUCAAAGGAUCCACAACAACAUGUUCGACCCAGCCCUGAUUGGUGACAAACCAAAAUGGUAUGCUCACCAGCUUCAACCAAUCCACUACCGUGUCUAUGAUAGCAAUUCCCAGCUGGCUGAGGCAUUGAGUGUCCCCAUAGAGAAGGAAACAGAUUCUGAACCUACUGAUGACAGUGGUAGCGACAGCGUGGAUUAUGAUGACUCAAGUUCUUCCUACUCCUCCCUUGGUGACUUUGUCAGCGAGAUGAUGAAAUGUAACAUUAAUGGCGAUACCCCAAAUGUUGACCCCCUGACACAUGCAGCCCUGGGUGAUGCCAGUGAGGUGGAGUUUGAUGACUUCCAGGAAUAUUCAGGGGAUCUGGAUGCGCAGGCUCUGGACAGUGAGAGCUCCCUGGACAACAACCAGCCUCGCUCAAGUUCCAGCACUACAGCCAGUAGCAGUCCCAGCACGGUCAUCCAUGGGGUGAAUCAUGAGUCAGCAGAUUCAGCGGAGAUGGAGGAGAAGAUGAUUGCUGGGUUUUCAAAUCACCUUCCCUCCUUGCCGCUGCAACCAAACUUCCCCAAGAUGAAUCUGGAACGUCGUGAUGGUGAAAGCCCAGCUGGCAGCAUGAGCUCUGUGGAGGGAAUGGUGAAGAAAAGAGAGUAUGAUAAUCCAUACUUUGAACCACAGUAUGGGUUCCCUACUGAGGAAGAGGAUGAGGAACAGGAAGAGAGCUACACCCCAAGAUUCAACCAGAAUCUGACUGGGAAUCGGUCUCAGAAGCUACUACGUCCUAACAGUUUAAAGCUGGGCAAUGACUCUGAUGUGGAGUCGGACUCACGAGGCAGCUCCCCAAAUUCCACCAUCUCCAACAACAGCAGCGAAGGCUUUGGGAGCCUUAUGUCUUUUGCCAGCAGCCUGUACAGGAACCACAGCACAAGUUUCAGUUUGUCCAACUUAGCCCUACCAACCAAAGCUGGGAGAGACAAGAACACUCCCUUCCCCAGCCUGAAAGGGAACAGGAGGGCCCUGGUCGAUCAGAAGUCUUCAGUUAUUAAGCACAGCCCAACAGUGAAGAGGGAAUCUCCAUCACCUCAGGGGCGAACCAGCAAUUCCAGUGAAAACCAACAAUUCCUGAAGGAGGUUGUGCACAAUGUUCUUGAUGGGCAGGGUGUUGGCUGGCUGAAUAUGAAGAGAGUCCGGCGUCUGCUGGAGAGCGAACAGCUCCGCGUCUUUGUACUAAGCAAACUGAACCGCACCAUCCAGUCAGAGGAGGAUGCUCGGCAGGAAGUCAUCCAGGAUGUGGAGAUCAACCGCAAGGUUUACAAAGGGAUGCUGGACUUGCUGAAAUGCACUGUGUCAAGCCUGGAGCAGUCGUAUGCAAACGCUGGCUUGGGAGGCAUGGCCAGUGUCUUUGGCCUGCUGGAGAUAGCACACACUCACUAUUAUAACAAAGAACCAGAAAAAAGAAAACGAAGUCCAACAGAUGGAGCAGCCACUCCGGUUGGCAAGGACCCUGGUUUAGCCAUGAGGGCAGAACCGAAGCCUGCAAUGAAACUGCCAGUACCCCAGCUCAUGCCAAGGGUAGCAAGCUCUGCAGGAAAAGGGACAAGGGAGUUUGACACAAGGAGUCUAAAGGAAGAAAAUUUUAUUGCUUCCAUUGAAUUGUGGAACAAGCACCAGGAAGUGAAAAAGCAAAAAGCUUUGGAAAAACAGAGGUCAGAAGGUGUGAAACACUUCUUUGAUCUGGGAGAGACAGACGAGAAAAAAUCCCAAAUCAGUGCAGACAGCGGCCUGAGUUUGACAUCAGGCUCUCAGAAGAGUGAUUUGGACUCUGUUGCCAGUGCAGGGCCAGCUGUUAUGAUCCGAAGCACAAGCCAGGAUUCUGAAGUUAGCACAGUGGUUAGUAACAGCUCUGGAGAGACAUUAGGAGCGGACAGUGACUUGAGCAGCAAUGCUGGUGAUGGCUUCAGUGGGGAGAAUGGUGGGAACCUGACAGGAUCACGGAACACUGUAUCAGACAGUGAAAUUGAGACAAACUCUGCUACUAGCUCCAUCUUUGGUAAAUCUCAAAGCCUGAAGCACAGUGUGAAGGAUAUCCAGGGCAGCAGCCCAGGGAGAGCUCUGGAGGAUGUGAGCCUGCGGGUUUACCUCUAUGAAGGGCUUCUGGGGAGGGAUAAAGGAUCUGUCUGGGACCAGUUAGAGGACGCUGCAAUGGAAACCUUUUCUCUAAGUAAGGAGCGCUCAACACUGUGGGACCAGGUGCAGUUCUGGGAAGAUGCUUUUCUGGAUGCUGUGAUGUUAGAGAGAGAAGGAAUGGGAAUGGACCAGGGACCUCAGGAAAUGAUUGACAGGUACUUAUCCCUGGGAGAACAUGACCGAAAGCGCUUGGAGGAUGACGAAGACCGCCUACUGGCUACACUACUGCACAACAUGCUUGUCUACAUGCUUAUGAUGAAGGUGAACAAGAAUGACAUUAAGAAGAAGGUGCGUCGUUUGAUGGGGAAAUCGCACAUUGGAUUGGUGCAGAGCCAGCAAAUAAACGAGUUACUAGACAGAGUGGCUAACCUAGGCGUCCGAGAGCUGUCUGUCCGGCCCAGCGGCAGCAGACACAUCAAGAAGCAGACGUUUGUAGUACAUGCCGGGACAGAUACAACAGGAGACAUCUUCUUCAUGGAGGUGUGUGAUGAUUGCAUUGUGCUGAGAAGUAACAUUGGAACUGUGUAUGAACGGUGGUGGUAUGAGAAACUCAUCAACAUGACAUACUGUCCUAAAACGAAAGUGCUGUGUCUCUGGAGGAGGAAUGGCCAGGAGACACAGCUGAAUAAGUUCUACACCAAGAAGUGUCGGGAAUUGUACUAUUGUGUAAAAGACAGUAUGGAGCGAGCAGCAGCAAGACAGCAAAGUAUUAAACCAGGACCUGAAUUGGGUGGUGAGUUCCCAGUGCAGGAUAUGAAAACUGGUGAAGGAGGGCUUCUGCAAGUCACGCUGGAAGGAAUUAACCUGAAGUUUAUGCAUAGUCAGGUUUUCAUAGAGCUGAAUCACAUUAAAAAGUGCAAUACUGUGCGAGGAGUCUUUGUCCUGGAGGAAUUUGUUCCUGAAACUAAAGAAGUGGUGAGCCACAAGUACAAGACGCCAAUGGCCCAUGAGAUCUGCUAUUCCGUGUUGUGUCUCUUCUCUUAUGUGGCUGCUGUUCGUGGGAAAGAGGUAGAAAACAAAAGCAAACCCCCUCGGCCAGUUUCCAGCUGAUCACAAUAUUGGGAAAUGCUUGCCCACUGGCACAUUGGUGUGUAAUACUCCCAUUUCUGUUGCUGUUACUGGAGCUCACAUUGCUGACUCCAGUUAGAACUUGGUUAUUUAUGUAUGAUCCUGCAAGUCCUUCCCCUUACAAAAAAUUAAAACUUCCUUGUUCAUUCUCCUGCUGAAUUCAUUCUUACUGGAGUUUUUACACCAGCUGUGCUUAUCAGACAGUUCUGAGCAUCAGCAUCCAGCUAUAACUGAAGAUGGCUUGCUCUGGGCAAUCCUUUGGAAUUCCAUUUCCAAGAAGACUAAUGCAUCUGGAGUUCAGUUGUUUUUGUUUCCAGUGGUGCCUGUGUCACAGGUUUCUUCAAAAAAAUAUGCACAAAGGAAGCAGCUUGGUCCUGCAUGGAUCACCUGUCGUUGUUUAACUGUGAUAGUUUGUAUUAUUUUCCUUCUGUGUUUUCACACUUUAUCCACCAAUUUGGAGUUCUUGCCAUAUGGCCCUUCAAAUCUUUUCAGUAAAGAUGAGCAAUUUAGCGACCGUAAACUCCUCCGAAAUAGCCUACAAUUAGAUAUGGUGCUUUUAAGAUUGAAUGUUAAAUGUAUAAAACUAUGGAAUUAGUACUUCUCUGGUGGGCGAAGGAUUGCUUGCUUUUAAUAAUGGAUAGGCACCAUGGAGGGGAGAAACUUGGAGGCUUUCCUGACGAAAUCCCCUUCAAACUGAUAUGCAUGUAACGUGUGUUUUUCAAAUGGGAAAUUAGAGCCACUCUGCUAACAUCCCAGGAGUGCAGUUAAUUAAUAUAUGCAUAUUGUGGUAGCUAGAACAGUUAAUCUAAGUGUGUAGGAAUAAGUAAAGAGAGGUAAAAACUUAGAGAGUGAGUGCUGUUGGCUGAAGCAUAUGGCAAACUUGUGUAACGUGGGAUUAUCACUACAAUCUCCCUAAAGCACUUCUAUUAGAGUCUGCGUACACUGGUUCUGUAGAAAACUUGCAGAAACCCACAAGAUUAUGCAAAGUGCAUUGUGGGGAUUCAACUUUUUGUGAUGAUGGUACUGUAAAUGCUGGUUCCAGAUUUUGUUUUUUUAACUACUGCUUCUGUCAAACUGUACAUGUAUAUCUCAGAGUUUUGCAAAUACUGUGUAAUGAAGCACCCUCAGUUAAAGUAUCCAUCUCGCACCUUAUUUUAAGUAGGCUGAGAAUGGAUGUUUGAACACUGUUCUUUAUGAACUGUACUGAACUCUACCGAGGGGGGGGGGGAAACGCCCCUGAAAUGCUGGAAGGAGAGAGGAUCUAGAGAAAAUAAUCUUAAAUGUAAAAUAUCUGAUGGAGUGCUCUAACACAAGCUGGAGUGCUAUUUGAUUUGACAUAGGCUUCUGAGUAAUUGCACCCAGAAAUAAUCCUGUUUGGCUUAGUCAGGGUAUUUACCAUUUUGAGUGGAAUGCAUGAGGAAAGGGUGAAGAAAUGAUGUAAAUAUUCUAGGACCGUAUCUAUUUAUAGAAGACUGUACAGCUGUCUGAAUGUGAAAAUAAACUAUCAUCAUUUAAUCACUGA